UACAGUGAGUCAGAGUAAGCAAUAAAUGUGAGUUAUUAAUAUGAGAUUAUGAUGCCAUGCCAUUGUCACUUUGUCACCGUAGGCAUAGCAUAGCAUUGCUCCAAAACCAGGUCACGGAGAAGUUGUGGAAAAAUCACAGAGGAGGGGUCAGGUUCAAACACCAACCAUGAAUGCUCUUGCAGCCACCAACCGUAAUUUUCUCAACGCAAGUCGAAUUCUCGGGUUGGAUUCUAAGCUUGAAAAGAGUCUCUUGAUACCCUUUAGAGAAAUUAAAGUUGAGUGUACAAUCCCCAAAGAUGAUGGGACUCUAGCUUCCUAUGUUGGAUUUAGAAUCCAACAUGAUAACGCUCGAGGGCCUAUGAAAGGAGGGAUUCGUUAUCACCCUGAGGUUGAUCCAGAUGAAGUGAAUGCUUUGGCUCAAUUAAUGACAUGGAAGACAGCAGUAGCAAAUAUUCCUUAUGGUGGAGCCAAAGGUGGGAUUGGAUGCAACCCAAGGGAACUCAGUAUUAGUGAACAAGAGCGUUUGACUAGAGUUUUCACUCAAAGGAUCCAUGAUCUUAUAGGUAUUCACAGGGAUGUACCUGCCCCUGACAUGGGAACUAAUGCACAGACAAUGGCAUGGAUUCUUGAUGAGUACUCUAAGUUUCAUGGGCAUUCACCUGCUGUUGUGACAGGGAAACCUAUUGACCUUGGAGGCUCACUUGGAAGGGAGGCUGCAACUGGACUAGGUGUGGUUUUUGCAACAGAGGCUUUACUAGCUGAAUAUGGGAAGUCAAUCUCUAAUCUGAAGUUUGUCAUACAGGGCUUUGGAAAUGUGGGAUCAUGGGCAGCAAGGUUCAUCCAUGAGAGAGGGGGUAAGGUUGUUGCCGUUAGUGAUAUAACAGGUGCAAUAAAGAACCCAGAUGGGAUUGAUAUCCCAGCUCUGAUGAGACACAAAGAUGCCCAUGAAAGUUUGAAGGAAUUUCAGGGUGGAGAUGUUAUUGAUCCAAAGGACUUGCUUGUUCAUGAAUGUGAUGUUCUCAUUCCUUGUGCCUUAGGUGGUGUUCUCAACAAGGAAAAUGCUGCUGAUGUGAAGGCAAAGUUCAUAAUCGAAGCUGCAAAUCACCCUACUGACCCCGAAGCAGAUGAGAUCUUAUCCAAGAAAGGAGUAGUUAUACUUCCAGACAUCUACGCAAACUCUGGUGGUGUAACUGUGAGCUACUUUGAAUGGGUUCAGAAUAUACAAGGAUUUAUGUGGGAGGAAGAGAAAGUGAACAGAGAACUAAAUAGGUACAUGAGGAAAGCUUUUGUUGAUAUAAAGGGAAUGUGUCAAACUCAUGGUUGUAACCUCCGAAUGGGCGCCUUUACACUAGGAGUCAAUCGAGUUGCUCGUGCUACCCUCUUGAGAGGCUGGGAAGCUUGAUCUUCAUCUUAAUCUUUUCAAUUAGUUUACUUUAAUUGACAGCUGAAACUAAGUAGUUAUGUUGGAACAAAACUAACAGCACUUGAAAUAAGGUGUUUUUUUAGGGAAUAAGUUAUAUUUUAGUUACUUUUCUUGACCAGGGAUUACAUGUUUAUUAAUUUGCAAAAACAAAAUUAAGUAAAAAAUUAAUCUUCUUUA